CUUCCUUCCAGACGGCAAGGAUGUGAGGCUGACGAGCUGGCCAGCGCUCGCAGCACCGGAGGGGGAGCGCUGCAAAGGCGGGUAGCGGACCGAGGGAAGCCCGGGAGCGGAGUUGGACAAGCCCGGAGAAAAGAAAUGAGGUAGCGACAGUCCCUGGAGCCCACCAUGAGCGCGCCCCGCCCUUGGAGCCCCGCUCUGCCCCGGCCGAGCCAGCCGGGACAGUGAGCCGGCCGAGCCGAGUCCCCCGCGUCCGGCGGGAGCGAAGAUGCAGUGAGCCACAGCGGGACUGCUGCGCGGGGCCGGCCGCGGCCAGCCGGACCCACCAUCAGACCGCACUUGGGGGCAAGCAGCAGAUUCUGGGACCAGCCCGGCCGAGGGGCUCUCUGCCUCUAGCCACCCCGUGGGGGUGGGGAGUACUGGACCCUGGACUCACUCGCUGUUGAGUUUCCGCGGUUUCUGGCCCAGCCCUGGGGAUUGUGUAUAUGUGAGAAGGGGGACCCUUUUCACAUUCAACGAGGAGUUCCUGCAUAUUCUCCCACCAUCUCGGCUGCUUUUGCUUGGGGUCCCCUCUAUUUGCAGGCGCGCAUCUUUUUUGUCGUUGUUUGUUUUGUUUCGUUUUGUUUUAUUAUCAUUAUUUGUUUUUACUAAAGAUGUUUUCUGCUUCUCUUUCGUUCCGCCUUUUUCUCAUUUUGCUUGCCUAAGACUCUCCUUCAUCUUGCCCAGGCAGGGGUAAAUCGCGUGUACGCUCCCCCUCGCUCCCCCCCACCCCGCGCAGUUGACUAUUUUCUUCUCUUAACAAAUUCUACCCCUACCGCCUAUAGGUCUCCCUAGUUCUACACCCCUCUCCCACCCUCACUCCCAGCAUAGUUUUAUUUUUCCGUCUUGCUUGGGCCGAGCCCGGCAGGGCCGGGGCGUGGGGCUCAGCGGGGCUCGCACCCUGCGCUCCGCUGCCGCCGCCGCCACCGCCGCCUCUGCUGCCGCCGCCCAGUUGCGCAGGGGCGCCCUCCGGAGAUGCUGCCGUGGAAGAAGCACAAGUUCGAGCUGCUGGCCGAGGCUCCGCCAAGGCAGGCGUCCAAGCCCAAGGGCUACGCGGUGAGCCUGCACUACUCCGCGCUCAGCUCGCUGGCGCGGGCGUGCCCCGAAGGCGCGCUCAGCCGGGUGGGCAGCAUGUUCCGCUCAAAGCGCAAGAAGCUGCACAUCACAAGCGAGGACCCCACAUACACGGUGCUCUACCUGGGCAAUGCCACCACCAUUCAGGCGCGCGGCGACGGCUGCACCGACCUAGCAGUAGGAAAGAUCUGGAGCAAGAGCGAGGCGGGCCGUCAGGGCACCAAAAUGAAGCUGACUGUGAGUGCGCAGGGUAUCCGCAUGGUGCACGCAGAGGAGCGCGCGCUGCGUCGCCCGGGCCACCUCUACCUGCUGCACCGCGUUACCUACUGCGUGGCGGACUCGCGGCUGCCCAAGGUCUUCGCCUGGGUGUACCGGCACGAGCUCAAGCACAAGGCGGUAAUGCUGCGCUGCCACGCGGUGCUGGUGUCCAAGCCCGAGAAGGCUCAGGCCAUGGCCCUGCUGCUCUAUCAGACCUCGGCCAACGCACUGGCGGAAUUUAAACGGCUCAAGCGGCGGGACGACGCGCGUCACCAGCAGCAGGAGCUGGUGGGCGCGCACACCAUCCCGCUAGUGCCGCUGCGCAAGCUGCUCCUGCACGGAUCCUGCUGCUACAAGCCGCCGGUGGAACGCAGCCGCAGCGCGCCCAAGCUCGGUUCCAUCACCGAGGACCUGGUUGGCGAACAGCAGGAGCAGGAGCUGCAGGAAGAGGAAGAGGAGCACACCGAAGGCUGCCUGGAGGAGGAAGAGGACCGUGCGGGGGAGGAAGACACCGCAGAGGAAGAGGCUGAGACUCAGCGGGCGCUGGUGGUGGCCAUGCAUUUCGAAUGCGGGGACUUGCUGGACACGCUGGACAGUGGCCGCGAGGAGGCGCUAGGGGGCGGCGGGGUCUCGCUGGGCUCCGGGGCUGGGUCGCCUCCUUUGAUGCUGGGCCGCUCCUCCGAUGUGAAGGCCGAGCUGUCGCAGCUCAUUAACGACCUAGGCGAGCUCAGCUUCGGCAACGACGUGCGAAGCCUGCAGGCCGACUUGCGGGUGACGCGCCUUCUGUCUGGCGAGAGCACCGGCAGCGAGAGCUCCAUAGAAGGUGGAGGCUCGGAUGCCACCUCUGCCAACUCUGCCACUGCCGGAAACCAGACCAACCCUGCGGACCACGCCACUCCAGAAGAGCCGCACUCGGGCUGAGCUCCCAGAAACCUACUGCGUGCGCCCCAGCGUCCCACCGUGACUCCCCACCAGUCUUCUCGACCAUCUCCUUACCGCCUCUUCUCGCCCCCCUGCUCCUCCCUAGGGAAGGGGAAAUGGGACACUUGAGGCCCAGCGUUCCACCUGCCCCUCACCCUGAACACAUUUGGCUCGGUUUUACGUGGAGCUCAGGUUGCGUGUGGAGAUGUGGCGGGAUGUGCGAACCGGGGAACCGUAUAAAGAAGGAGAGAGGCAGACCUAUGGGGUCGGAGGUGAGGGAAAUGUCCGCUGAAGUUAGCAAAGUCCCACAGGCGUCAGGUGCUUGCCGGCCAGUUUCCUGUUUGUGGGGCAGCUGGGGCCUCAGGAGGAGGGGUUGACUUCCUCCCCACCACCCCCUUAACUGGGAGCAGCCUAGCAUUGUCAUUGACAUGUCAUUUAAAAGAAAAAAGAAUUUUCUCUCACAAUAUUUGAAACUAAUGCCGCAUCUUUGCCCCUAGCCUUUUGAUGCCCUAGCUUGGGUUGUUUACCUCAGACUCAGACCCUUGAAAUUCUGCCAAAUUCCUCAAAUAAUUGGGGGUGGGAACUGAAAGAAAGUUGCAUUUUGUUUACAGUUAAAGACAUCUAAUAUCUAAAAAAAGGAGUUUUCCUUUAGAAACACACCUUCCUCCUGCUCAAAAAAAAAAAAAACUCACUCCAUGAUACUGUGUAAAAUAUUUUUGCACUGUUGUGAAGUAUUUUUGACAUCUUUUUUUUUGUACAUAACUGUGUUCUCAGAGCUGGAUGUUUAUAUCUUUUGCUGUGCAAAAGGGACAUGUAAUAUGUUCAGUUGUAUAUACAGAAAUGUGUAUAAAACAUUUUGUUAUUUUUGAAGCGUGGCGCUGCUCUGGUUCUGUUUGCGUGCCAGUGGGGAGAGAAUAAAGAGGAAAAUGGAACAGAA